AACAUUAUAACUUGCAAUAUAUUUACCAAAUUCACAACUAUCUCUCUGAAUUUCUUCGUUUAUCAAUGGCGUUCAAGAAAAUGUUAACACAACGUUUAUUCAAUGCAUACAAAAUGACUCGUCCUUCCUUAACAACCUGUCGUAUAUGUUCCUCAACCAUGACCAAAUCAAUUGCCCCAGAUCCUGGGGAAAGUGGAUCGUUCCGUAGGUCCCUUCACCGGAGUUCUGUGUUCCAGUCAAUGGCAACCGGCGCUUCGACGGAGCUCCGAACACUUCCAAUCGGAGAAAGGCUUCUUGAGAAACUGAGAUCAAUGGACAUUGCUAGAGAUAGGAUUAGACUCGAUGGGCUCAUCCCACCGGUAACGGAGGAGGUGAGCUCGGAUCCCGAGGAGGAGAAAUUCACGGUGGAUGAUGCGAGGAAGGUUCUUAGGUUGGCUCAACUUGAGGUGGUGAAAUCCAGGCUGACACAGAUGGAAAAGGAUUGUAUUUCGUACCCGGAAUUUAUUCAGAUCUGUAAUGGAGCUUGUUCGAAUGCUGAACAAGCCCUGGAAUUUGCAAAGCUGCUUGAUCAAUCGGGAAUCGUAAUUGUUUUGGGAAACGUCGUAUACCUUAAGCCUCACAAGGUGGUGAAAGCCAUGGAAGGCUUAAUGCCAAUGCCCUCGGCCCAACCAAAUGACCCACAAAUGAUGAAUGAAUUUCAACAAAUGGAGGAGAAGAAAUCAGCUAUUGACAAAAAGGCAGAAUCGUUGGUGCGGAGAGAGUUGCAGUGUGGGCUAGGGUUCUUUGUGAUUCAGACUUUAGCUUUCAUGAGGCUCACUUUUUGGGAGCUAUCAUGGGAUGUAAUGGAGCCCAUUUGCUUCUUUGUUACAUCCUUUUACUGCAUGGGUGCUUAUACUUUCUUCCUUAGGACCUCCAAAGAGCCUACAUUUGAAGGUUUAUUCCAUAGCCGCUUUAGCGCAAAACAAAAGAAGCUCAUGAAGCUUCACAAUUUUGAUCUUCAGAGGUACACUGAGCUCCGCAAAGCUUGUGAUCCUCACUCGACAAUACCUGCUGGAAACACCAGAAACACCUUGACAUUUCAUUCAUCACCCAUGAUGUCCACAGCAUAGAAUGUGGCGAUUUACAUGAACAAUUGUGAGUAAUUAAGAUGGAUAUUGCUUAGGAAUACUGGAAGAAAGAGGAACCAAAGAAUGGAUAAAAGAUGAUACAUUUUGCCUCUUUUUUUUUUUUUUUUUACUUGUUUUACUUUUUAGUGUCAAAUGGAUACAGAGGAUACAUAGAGCUGAUCCCAAUUGAUUUGGGAUUGAGAUGUUGUUAUUUACUUUUACUUUUGACCUAGACUAACUUUUGAGUUUAUCUAUGUCACGGCUAAUGUAUAUUAAGUGAAGAGGGCUCAGAAAAUAAAUGAAAAUUUAAAAGAAAUUUCAAACUUGUA